AUGUUAGUUGAUGUGCCUUUGAUUACAGCUGUUACUCUAUGGAAAAGCCCAUAUAUGCUAUUCCAAGGAUGGAAAAGGCUGUUUGAAUAUUUAAUUGGUUGGGAAGGGCCAUUCUUCGAGACGGUGUGUGUUCCCUUUUCCGGUUUAGCAAUACUUUUAUGGCCUUUGGCUGUUGUGGGAGCUGUAGUAGGAGCUAUGAUUGUAAGCUUCUUUCUGGGGUUUUACGCAGGAGUUAUCGUGCAUCAGGAAGAUUCACUUUACAUGGGAUUUUCCUAUAUUAUAUCUGUGGUUUCUCUAUUUGAUGAGUAUGUAAACGAAUUACUCUACUUGAGGGAAGGAUCCUGCCUGCCCAGACCCAGAUAUCGUAGAAACAUGGGUCAUAACCAUGAUAUCGAGAAGGUUGAUGAUAACCGUUACAAUGAAUUGGAGAGUAAAGGUGAGGCAUCCCGCCAAAAACUUGUUUCAGAGAACUCAAGAACAUUGAAGUGGGCUAUCCAACAGUAUAGACCUAUGCAGGUAUGGGACUGGCUUUUUAAAUCCUGUGAGGUGAAUGGUAGGAGACUCCUCUAUGACAGCCUAAUAACUAUCAAGGACAUCGAGGAAUGCAUUGUCAAGGGAAAUUGUAGAAAGCCGGGUAUAAGACUACAUGCUUGGUCCAUUUUGCAGUGUCUGCUGACAUCAGUUAAGGGUGACUCGUCUGGCUUAGUGAUCAGUGACAAUGCAAAAUUAACAAGGAGUUAUAUGCCAAGGGAUAAGGUGUUUGAAUGGUUCAUUAGGCCACUCUUUAUAAUGAAAGAGCAAUUAAAGAAACUCGAAUUAGAUGAAAGUGAAGAGGCUUGCCUGAGGAAGCUUGUUAUGGAGUGCAAAAAUGAGACACCUGAGGACUGGAAUGAUGCAGGUUAUCCAUCUGAUGAUAAUGUCAGGAGAGCACAACUUCAAGCCAUAAUUAGAAGAUUGCAGGGAAUUGUAACUUCCAUGUCCCGGGUACCAACAUUCCGUCGUCGGUUUAGGAAUUUGGUGAAGCUGUUGUACAUAGAGGCCGUUCAGGCUGAUGCUUCAGCCCAUCAUGUUGGAGGAAUCCUAAAAUCUAGACAUGGUGGCAGGAGAUCCUUUGGAAAGGGCAAUAAAAAAGAUAGUUAUGAAAACGAUGAUGCAGUAGUAAAUAAAGCAACUUCAAAUGAGGAUCUAGUUUAAA